GCUAUGAUUUCUCAGUUAAAAUUGGUGAAAAACUUUAGAAAUAGGCGACUAUUAAACAGAUUUUACAGUAUAUCCAGUAGCACUUACGAUACAGACAUAGAAUUUAGUAAUGGACGAAAGAUAACAAUAAGAACUGGACAUUUAGCAAAAUUCUCUGAUGGAUGUGCAAUUGUUAAAAGUGGCGAUACUGCAGUUAUGUGCACAGCUAUCAGCAAACAAAAACCAUCAAGUAGCUCAUUUCUGCCAUUAACAGUGGAUUAUAGGUUAAAAAGUGCUGCAGCUGGACGAAUACCAACGAAUUUUAUGAGACGUGAAAUGGGAACAUCUGAAAGGGAAAUCCUCUCUGCACGUCUUGUGGAUAGAACAAUUAGACCAUUAUUCUCAAAAGACUAUAGAUGUGAUACACAGCUUGUAUGCAAUGUCCUGUCAGUUGAUUCUAUGAAUAAACCAGACGUGCAUGCUAUAAAUGCAGCUUCAGCUGCUUUACAUAUCAGUGACAUCCCUUGGAAUGGUCCUGUUGGAGCUAUUAGAAUGGGAAUGAUAAACAACGAGCUGAUAGUGAAUCCAACAAGAAGAGAAUUGCAGCAUUCAAGCCUUGAUCUAAUUGUAGCAGCAACAAAGCAAAAUUUAGUCGUUAUGUUGGAAGGAAAAGGUGACUUGGUGCUACUUCCAGAUCUCCUAAAAGCAAUAAAACAAGGAACAAAAGAAGCACAAAUAAUCAUUAACAAAAUAGAGCAAAUGCGAAAGGAACUGCCAAUAACAAAAGCAAAACGAGCAAAACUGGAGUUAAAAACACUUUCACAAGAAGCAAUGGAAGCAGUUAAAGCUACAAGUUCAAUGCGAUUAAAGGAUAUAUUCAGGAACGUGUCACAUGAUAAAUUAAGCAGAGAUAAUGCAGUAAAUGUAUUAAGACAAGAAGUUACCUCAUCAGUUUGGUCAAGCUUUCCAGACAGCGACAUUAAUCAAAUAACUGAGGAAUUCAAUAAAGUCACGAUCUUGUCAUUCAGAGAAUUUGUGCUGGAUGAAAAUAUCCGAUGUGAUGGACGUGGAUUUGAUGACUUGAGAAAAAUUACCUGUGAAGUUGAUGUUUUUAAGCCACUUCAUGGAUCAGCAAUAUUCACAAGAGGACAAACUCAAGUUUUCUGUUCAGUCACGCUAGAUUCCAAGGAAAGUGCUUUAAAGCUCGAUUCCUUAAAUGCUCUGGAAAGUGGAAUUAAAGAGAAAAACUUUUUUGUUCAUUAUGAAUUCCCACCAUACGCAGUUGGUGAAAUUGGCAAAAUUGGUGCUGUAAAUCGACGAGAACUUGGGCAUGGUGCAUUAGCUGAAAAGGGCUUAGUUCCAAUAAUUCCACAAAAUUCACCAUUCACAAUUCGAUUAAAUUCUGAAGUUUUGGAAUCUAAUGGAUCAAGUUCAAUGGCAACAGUUUGUGGCGGAUCCUUAGCACUAAUGGAUGCAGGUAUACAGAUUUCAGCUCCUGCUGCUGGUGUGGCUAUUGGAUUAAUAACAAAGUAUAAUAAUGAUGAUACAAAGCACAUUGAGGAUUAUCGAAUAUUGACAGAUCAGCUUGGUAUUGAAGAUUAUAUGGGCGAUAUGGACAUGAAAGUGUCAGGAACUAAGAAAGGAAUAAGCUCAAUACAGACAGACUUGAAAAUUCCAGGAAUUCCAUUAAAAAUCGUCAAUGAAAGUCUACAAAAGUCUGUGGAUGCAAAGUCUAAAAUAAUUGACAUUCUUCGUGCCUGUAUAGACUCACCGAGACUCGAUAAAAAAGAAUCGUGGCCAGUAAGUGAAGUAAUGAAGGUUGAGCCACAUCAAAGAUCUAAAAUUAUUGGACCUGGCGGGGUUCAUGUCAAGCAUAUGUUCCUUGAAACUGGUGUACAAAUGACUCAAAUUGAUGAAAAUUCAUUCAGUAUCUUUGCUCCAUCAAAAAGUGCUAUGGACGAGGCAAAAGAGUAUAUCCAGAAGCUAUUAGAAAAGGAUCGUGUGCCUGAUUUAGAUUUUGGUGGAAUUUAUACUGCAAAGAUAGUCGAAUUAAGAGAUAUUGGAGUUAUGAUUACUUUAUAUCCAAGCAUGCCACCAACACUUCUUCAUAAUUCACAGCUUGACAUGCGAAAAGUCGCACAUCCAUCAGCAUUGGGUCUAGAAGUUGGUCAAGAGAUAUCUGUAAAAUAUUUUGGACGUGAUCCAGUUUCUGGUUUAAUGAGAUUAUCAAGAAAAGUUUUACAAAGUCCUGCAUCUGGAAAAAUUAGGAAUCUAGACAGAAAUAGUAGCUCAACAUUGCCAGAAAAAGAGAAAUAGAUGAAUAAAAGAAAGUUUACUUAAUAAAUAUAUUAGCUGUAAAAUUA